AAAAUUAUAUUAGUUUCUUAAUAAAUUAUAUGUCUUAUUACUUUGAUCAUCAUCAUAUAUCAUUUCUCUCUGUCUAAGUAUAUAUUAGAUCUUUACUAUUUAAACCCUAGCUUAAGUUAAUUAGUUUAGCUAGCAACGAAGAUCUUUGCUGUGGUUCUUCAUCUUCUAAUUCAAGUCUAUCUAGCUAAUAUUAAUUACUUUAAACCCUUCAACUCUCUCUCUCUCUCUCUCUCUCUCUCUCUCUCUCUCUCUCUCUCUCUCUCUCUCUCUCUCUCCUAGUCCUAAUAAUCUAUUGUUAUAUAAUGUGUAUGACUUUUCUCAAACAUAUAUAUGUAUUAUGAAAUAUAGAUGAAUCAAUAAAAAUGGCGGAAGCAAGUUCUAGUUUGAUAACAUCUACAACCCAAGCAGUUGUGGCAACAAAUACAAAUGAUCCAAAUCAAAAUCAAAAUCAGAGUCAAAGUCAACCAUCACAACCAAUUGAGUCUCGUAUCGAUGUUGGCUCUACAACAUCAACACCUCCACCUAGGAAUCCUUCCCCUCAUUUUGUACAAGGGUCAAGAAUUGAGUACUUUAAAGUAUGUGUGAGGUUGUACUAUGCUGCACUAAGUGGAGAUUGGAAUGUAGUGAAAGACAUCUUAAAAGAUCACCCACAAGCUCUAAAUGCAGCCAUAAGUAACAGACAAGACACUAUUCUCCACGUGGCAGCAAGAGCCAAUCAAGCCCAUGUGGUCAAAAUGAUGGUCAACGAAAUGAAAGACACCAUAGAUUUGACUUUACAAGACAGAGAAGGGAACACACCAUUCUCCUUGGCUGUGGCAGCUGGAGCUUCACAAGUCAUUGAAAUUCUAAGGCAUCAAAAUUCUGAUUUGGCCAUCACUCGAGGUGGUCAUGACCUCUUGCCACUUUAUAUGGCUUGUUUGUUUGGUCACAAUGCAAUAGCACUUAGUCUCUACCCUUUGACUAAUUCAAUUCUUCAAGAAAGAGAAAGAAGAUGGACUUUUUUCACUUGUAUCCACAAUGGUUUGUAUGAAUUGGCAUUGUUGAUGUUGAAAGAUUGUGCUGAGCUAUCCGUGGCACGUGACAAUGGUCAAACAGCCUUGCAUGUAUUAGCUCGAAAGCCAUUAGAUUUCAUAUCAGAGACUCAAGGAUUCUUACACAAAUUUCUCAUUUAUUUCCCUGGAAUGAGAGUCUUAAUUAGAAAAUCUCACAAGCAAAGCAAAGCCCUAAUUCUAGUGAAAGAACUUUGGAAGCAAAUUCUAAAAGACAGAAGUGACUCGGAGAUUAAGGAUCUAAUAAGAGGACCGACUCGAUUACUUCUCGAUGCGGCUGAGGUUGGAAACCAUGAUUUCAUAGUUGCUCUUAUUUGUUCUUACCAUGAUUUAUUAUGGGAAUGUGAUAGAGAAAGAAGAACCAUUUUCCACAUUGCUGUUGAGAAUCGACAUGAUGAGAUAUUUAGGUUGAUACAUGAGAUUGGUUCCAUUAAAAGUAUCAUAUUUGCUUUUAAAGAUAGUGAAGGAAACAACAUAUUUCAUCUUGUUGCUAACUUACCAUCUAUCGAAAGAUUAAAUGUUGUGUCUGGUGCAGCUCUACAAAUGCAACGUGAACUCAUUUGGUUCAAGGAGAUAGAGAAGAUGAUGGAUCCAUCUCUAAGAGAGAAAAAGAACAAUAAAAACGAAACCGCCAGUGUAAUUUUUAGCAAAGCACACGCAAAUUUAUUGAAAGAAGGAGAAUCAUGGAUGAAGAAAACGGCCGAAUCUUGUACAAUAGUAGCAGCCCUAAUUGCAACGGUAGUAUUCACCGUAGCUUUCAGUGUUCCUGGUGGUAACAACAGCGAUACAGGACUUCCUAUUCACAUAAAACACAAUGCAUACACAUUUUUUUCGCUAUCAAAUGGAAUAGCCAUGUUCUCAUCUUCGACAUCCAUACUCAUGUUCUUAUCCAUUCUCACAUCUCGCUACGCUGAGAGUGAUUUUCUUAGGGCUUUGCCUAAGAGGUUGAUUAUUGGACUCACUUCGCUUUUCGUCUCCAUGGCAACUAUGACAAUUGCUUUUUGUAUGGCGGUGUUCAUUGCGUAUCGUCAAAGUUCAAUGUGGAUACCUAUUCUUAUCACAACACUUCAAAUUGUUCCAAUCACUUUGUUUUUGUAUCUUUUGUAUCCUCUUCAAAUUGACAUAUUUUGCUCCACAUUUAACUCUCAUUCAUUGUUUAAACAAACUAAGCGUGAGCUUCAAUGGGCUGGUGAUAUUUGAAAAUUUUGUUAUGUAAUAUUUAAAUAGUAGUAAUGUAAUAAUGAGUAUUUUAUUGAGCAAUACAAUUUAAUAACUGUUUUUUUUUUUUUUAAAUUCAAAUAAGAAUUUUAAUACUUGCUAAAAUUGUUAGAUUUUUUUUUUAAAAAAAAAAAACUCUUUAUUUUGCACCCACUACAAUAAGUGAGCUUUUUGUUGGUGCAUUUUUGUU